AUGUCAAGUGAGGCAACCCCAGUAUUUCAAAUGAAUCAAAAGAAAUUAAAAGAACUUGCCGAAAGUGCUAAUGCUAUCAAAAUCGGUGGCAAGGGUACAGCUCGUCGCAAGAAGAAAAUUAUUCAUCGACCAGCUAAUGUAGAUGAUAAAAAACUUCAAAGCUCAUUGAAGAAACUUGCUGCAAAUAAUAUUCCAGGCAUUGAAGAGGUCAAUCUAUUUAAAGAUAAUGGUGAAGUAAUUCAUUUUGCUAAUCCUAAAGUACAAGCAUCACUCAGUUCAAAUACAUUUGCUAUCAGUGGUGCUUCGGAUACAAAAUCUCUACAGGAUAUGUUACCGACAAUUAUGUCACAAAUGGGCAUGUCAACUGAUGUAGGUUUGGCAAGUGAAGCAGGCCGACGUAAAGCUGGUUCACAUGGUGAACAACAUGGAGGCGAAGGACAUACUGGAACAAUAAAUGAACAAGAAGGUGAUGAUGAAGUUCCUGUUGCUAUUAUUAUAGAAACAAAUCAAUUUGAUAAAAAUAUUAAUAAUACAAAUAAUAAUAAUAAUAAUACCGAUAGUUUCUCGACAUCAACUAGCAAACGAGUAUUAAAUGAACACUUAAAGAUUAUUAGUACUAUUAGUUGUAUAUCCGUUGGAAUUAUGGUAGUCAUUGUUGUUACAUAUUUAACUAAAAGAUAUUUUAAUUAUAGAAGAACAAACGUUCUUGAAACAAGUGAACAUACAGUGCCAUUAGCAACAUAA